AUGGCGAACUUUUACGGCCCAGCUGCUCCCCCGGUGCCAUUUGGAACCAGGCCAGAACUCCGCCGACCCUCGCAACCGUCUUUAGAUGCCAGCAUCUCCGAUAUCACACGCAAAAAUGCCGUAUACUAUCCAAACUACAGAGUCUACCGGGGUGAAACACCAGCCUCCCUGAACUACAGCUGUAUCAGUCAUGUAUUUUAUGCAUUUGCUCAUGUGUCUACUGAUGGCAUCGUUUCCUUGAGCGACGUAUGGGCAGAUGCACAGAUGCCUGUUGACGGAGCAAGCGGAUGUCUUGGGGCGUUCAUGCGGUUGAAGGAACAGCACGAAUAUCUUAAGUUGAUCCUGUCCAUCGGCGGAGGGGGUGAGAGCCAGAACUUUGCCACUGUGGCAGCGAGCGCUAUUACCAGAGAUAAUUUUGGUCGGUCUGCUAAGGGUUUAGUUGAAGCAUCUGGAUUUGAUGGAAUUGACAUCGAUUGGGAGCACCCAUCAGAUCCCGAACAAGGCCAAAACUUCCUGUCGCUGCUAGCUGCUGUCAGGAUUCACCUCCCAGAUGAUCGGUAUCUACUCAGUGCAGCCUUGCCCGCUGGACAAUGGGCACUACAAAAUAUUGAUCUGUAUAAAGCGCAGGAUUAUCUCGAUCUGAUCAACCUCAUGGCGUACGACUUCGCUGGACAUUGGUCUGAAAAGGUGGGACAUCAUGCACAGUUGUUCCCUGGUCAGGAUGGGGAGCAAUCCGGUUCUGCGGCCGUUGACUAUGUCAUUUCCAAGGGAUUUCCGCCUCAGAAGAUACUACUAGGUGUCCCAAUGUACGGCAGGUCAUUUCUGGGAAGCAAAGGACCCGGCUGUUCAUUUACUGGGCAUGGUGGUGAGGAUGGGACCUUCGAAUACAAGCGUUUACCUCGCAAGGAGACGGAAGAGAUUGUCAAUACAAGGUUGGUUGCUGCAUUCUGCAACGGUGGUGAUGGGGGGUUCGUUUCCUACGAUAAUCCCGAGACCGUCAGGCUGAAGGCGAAAUACUGCAGAGAAAGGGGGCUCGGAGGACUCUUCUACUGGACGGGCACAGCCGACGUCCCACCAGGCCCUCGGAGUCUGAUAUCGGCUGGCUUCAAAGCCCUACACAGCUCUUAG